UCUUCCUGUAGGUGGGUGUUUGCUACCUGUGUGAAUGAAGCGAUUCGACACUGGAACUUAGCGAGCUCGCAUUUCGGGCUUUUCUCGCUGGAGUUUUUACACAGCGGCCCAGGACUUACUGUGGAAAUGGCUGCUGUGUUAACCACGUAGAUAUAUUUUGCGUUCUGUGUGUGUUUUUGUAUUUUUAUUUUCGUCAUAAGGAGGAAGCACUCAGUGCUGCCGUUAGCCGAUGCUAACUCGCGUUCAGUUUCGCUGUCCUGUGGUUUUCCUGCUCUCGUUUCUGGAGGAAUUAACGCAGACCCUGUCGAGAUAACCCAUGGAGUGUUGACGGAAUUGAAGAGUGCACAAAAUUUUGCUACAAAACACUUAAGCCAAAGUCAGAGGUGUCUCACUAAUGCUUGUAGCAUGUUAGCGGUGUGGCUAGUAAGUGUCAGGUGAUAUUGAGCUGGAAGAGGACAGAUAUGCGUCAAAUUAAGUCGAAAAACUGAGGAGAAAAUAGAUUAAAUAUAAUACCUGCGUCCCUUCUGAUUGGUUUGAUGUUUAGCAGUUUGAUUCAGGCUAAAAUUUAGUCGUUCAGCUGUCAGCGUUAGCGCUGUUGCUAUUUAAACGCACGGUUUGUUUACAGUUCUAAAAAUAUUCGCACUCUAGUAACAUUAUUAUUGAAGGAUAUUGGAACUUUUCCUGGACAUUAAUCUCUCUACUGUCUUUAUUUAGACUCAAUAUAAUUUCAAAGCUGCUCUAGGCAAGCUAACAGACCUAUGCUAACAUUAGCUGAAGUUGUAUUGGUUUAAAGCCAAUUACACUGAGACAUUUGUCAGCUUUCGUUUAUUUAAACUACUAUUGUUUGCCGAGGAUGCUCAGUGUUUUUCCUUUUCCAGUUGUAGAGAUUAGCUGCUGCCAUACAGGGAAAAGUUGAGAGGAUUCUAUGACUGUUCAGGCCUGGAUGAGAUGGCUGUAGGUUAAAAUAAAUCAGCAGUCAGUCAUGAUAUAAAACUCUAAACGGUGUCUCAUACGCAUAUCUCUUGUUGGGCAACGGGAAAGGUUUACAGAUUUGUUUAAAAAAAAAAUAGAAAUUAAAUUCUCAGGACUCUGAAGCUGUAUACCAUAUUUACAAUAAUUACAGAAGAGUAGAAAGCCAGUGGAGACAUUAACUAACUAACUGCCUGUCUUUCUCUGCAUCGCCUGAAAUGGUAUAAAAAGCUCAAGCAGUUGUUCAGUGAUCUUAUACAUAUCUCUUGACAUCUCUAAAAUUAAAUAUUAUAUUAUACCCCUAAAUGAAACCCGAUUCCUGAAUUGUAUUUUCUAGAAAUCCCACAUUAGGCUACUUUAUCUAAAUCAGACAAAUGUCUCAAGCCUUAUUAUCACGCCACAAAUGGGUUAAAAUGACCAUAUUCAAAAUAGCCUGUUGAUCUUAAGUAUGUCAUCAGAACAGCUUGUUUAUUUAUGGAAUUGUGUUUGUUUAAAGUGCUGGGAAGUUAUAAAGAAACCAAACCAAGCAGUUUUGAUGAUUCCUCAGGAUGAAUGUUUUCAUGUAGCCCUUGGGUCACAAUUGUGCCAAAAACUCUUGAUGAACUGCACUACAAACAGGGGUCUGCUGGAGGAGCAUGCAAAAGAACAGUCGAUGCUGAAAAAACACAGGCCUGAAGUUGUUCUGUAUCGUCGCACACUCUGCUAAUUUUUUGGGCAGCCUUUUCAUUUCCAGUCCGAGAAAGUCCAUCCUGAGGUUCCCAAUGGAAGUACCGCACUAGAGCCUUUGAGAAGGGAACGUAAAGAACUCUGAGUUGUCUCAUCCCGAAGCGAUAAGAUGGGCUCUCAAGCUCUUCAGAUAUUGCGGCAGGGAGUGUGGGCUUCUCUGACCGGAGGAUGGUACGUGGACCCUCAUCAGAGUACCUUCUCGAACUGCUUUCAUCUCUACCUCUGGAUAUUCCUCUUGGCCUUCCCCUUUCUUCUGUACAUGGCCCUUCCUGCCAAUUUAGUGGUGGCUGGUGUGUACUGCGCUGUGAUAGCGGCCUUCUUCACGGCCAUAAAAGCAGUGAACUUCCGGCUACAUGCCAUGUUUGACCUGGGUGAGAUUGUGGAGAAGAGGCAGGCCUCGUUCAACACUGACCCCCACAGAGUGGAAGAAGGAGAGGAAGGCUCUGGCGCUCACGACGGAAGCCAACACAGGGACAGUGGUGUUGGUGUGGAAAUGACGGUGUUCCGAAAGGUGAACUCCACCCCUCCUGUACGCUGCAGUUCCCAGCAUUCGCUGUUUGGAUUGAAUCAGGUGUCGGAAUUUUUACCACAGCUUGAAGACCCUGGAGGCUCAAAGGAUAUUAAGGAGCUCAUGCAGGAGCAGGGCAGUAAUAAUGUGAUCGUAACCUCUGCACAUAGAGAUGUCCUUCGACACAACUCUCAGGACAACACUAGUGUGGGGCCAUCCUGUUUGGCUGGGGAUUACAGAGGGCUAAUUGGUGUGGGUGGUGUAAUGUCUGGUGGGUUUAGUAGCCUGCACCCAGCAAACUGUCCUUCCAUCCCGCCAUCGCCCUCCAGCCAAGAAGAUGGAGAUGAGAAAGACCAGGUGAAGAAUGGGGGUGUGGGGCAGCUAUCCCCGCAGAGCCCCGACGGGGAGGGUCUAGGAGGCUACUCCCCCCUUGGGCCUUCAGCUGAUUCUGAGAGCCUGGGAGAUGCUCCUCUCAGCCCUCUUAUAAAGAGUAGCUUGAGCGAGGAACUAAGUGAGAACUUGUUGGGUCUGGGCCUAGACCCUGUCGCUUUUGCCCCCGGUGCAGAGCAACCAGGCAGCCGCACUGGAGUGGCCCUGGCUGCAGGCUCCACUGACAGCUGCUUUAGUGGAGGUGGAGCGGCCACAGACAGAGAGACUCUCAGUACGGUCAGUAGCUACCGCAGCGAGAAAACAGACUCAACACAGCUUGAGAGCCCCUCGCUGGGCCAGACUCAUAAACCCGUGUCUAACGCUCCUUCCACAGCUUUGCCUCAGGGUAAAGGCUCCUAUCAGCAGCCUGCAGACGUGCUGCAGGGUGGCAGUGACACAGAUGACCUGUCAGACAGCGUGCUGCUACGCUCACCCUCCAAAGAGCUCUCCUCUGGGCAGGGCCUAGACAGAACUCUGGUGGAGGGGGAGGACCUUCCCCCUUUGCUUGCAGACAUUGCACAGCCCUCCUUGCAAGACUCGUCGCCGUCUAGCAGCGGGCCUUCCGAAACCUGCGAUCUUGAUGGUGGCAUCCCUAUACCCCCCCUUCCUCCUCCACGCCAGGCCAGCUCUGCACCGUCAGGUUUGGCACUGGGAUUGGUCUGCUCAGAGCCUGCUCUGCCUGUCUCCGCCCCGUCCUACCUCCUAGCAGAGCCACCAUCUCUGCAAGCUCAGCAACAGGUGGUGCGACCUAAAGAUCUGAAGCUGCUACGUGCCGGGGGCAGUGUGGGUCACCGCCCCGGUCGCAGGAAAGCUCCCCGCAAACGAGGUGCUGCUGGCAGUAGCAGUUUCGACUGUGGCUCCUAUCGCCGGCACCACAACCGUGGCCAACACAGAGACUACAUCCCUGUACGCAGUCGGCUGGGUGCCAAAGCCUACAGCGAGAGCUUGUUUGAGGACUCCAGCGACGAAGACGAUGGCAGCGAUAUGAGUGCAGGUUCUAGCUUAGGAUCCCAACGUCGCUUCAGUUCUGACGACGAAGAUGAUGAUGAUGAAGAUGAUGAUUCGAGCUCCUCUACCUCCUGCUACUCCCCAGAUCUGCCGAAUGCCGUCAACGCUUCUCAGCCUGGCCCCCCUCAGUUACCCAGUCCUGGAGAGGGGGAGGAGCCUGACAAAGUAGGACCCUCCCAUUCUCGCAGUGCUCAGCGCUCAGCCAGCACAGCCAGUGCCAAGACUCAUGCCAGAGUGCUCAGCAUGGAUGGGGCUGGUGGGGGUUCCAACAAUACAGGGACCCUUGCAUCUACUAUGCUACCUUUACCCCCUUCUUCCACUCCUGCCCCACGUCCACUCACCAUCUCUAAAUCAGACCUGGAGGCUCGGACAGUGCACUCAGAGGGUUUCUCCAGGGCACACCAUAGGCUAGACUCACUUGGGGGCUCCUGGGCUGGGAACCAGACGGGCUGGAGGGCAGGAGAGCUGCUAGAAGAGGGGGCAGUAGGAGGAGCCCCAGAGGAGGGAAGUAAACGUGACUCUGUGAGCAGUGUGAAGAGGACGCAGGCCAUUCGCAGGCGACAUAAUGCUGGUAGUAACCCCACCCCACCCCCUUCCGCCAUGGGCUCUCCUCCUAGUCUACAGGACCUCCAGAGAGUCCGCACUUCCUCUCACUCCCGCACACGAACGCUCCCCUCCGCCCUGCACUUUGCCGCCUCAUCCCUUCUGCUUCUGCCCCGCAGCGGUGUUCACGAGGCGUCCACCUUUGACGACACCUCAGAGGGAGCUGUGCACUACUUUUAUGAUGAGAGUGGAGUAAAGAGGUCUUAUACUUUUGGGCCUGCUGGUGGAGGAUAUGAGGACCCAGUCCAGGAGCGAGAGCGACAGUCACAGUCCUCCAGCUUUACCUCCACUGAUGUCCAGGAGGUGGCGCCGGUGCUGUCCAUGCUGCAGCCCAGACCUGUGGUCCUCCAGGGUAUGCAGGUUCGUGGGCUGCCCCUGGAUAUGCCAGAGUUCGACCUAGAUCACGAGUCCCCUCAUGAAUCCCAGGAGAACACAUUGAUGAUUGAGGAAAAGGCCAAGCCUAAACAGUAUUACCGAUUCUGGGUGCUGCCGGGCAAAUGGUUAAGAGUUCGUUAUGACAGGCUAGCAUUGCUAGCCUUACUGGACAGGAAUCGACGCGUUGGCGAGAAUGUGUUUGCAGUGGUGUUGGCCAGCUUAGUGGCUUUCCUUGGCUUUUUGCUUCUUCGCCAGGGCUUCUUUAGGGACAUCUGGGUUUUCCAGUUCUGUCUAGUCAUUGCCAGCUGUCAGUACUCCUUGCUAAAGAGUGUACAGCCCGAUGCAGCAUCUCCGAUGCAUGGCCAUAACUGGAUCAUCGUGUACAGCCGACCGGUGUAUUUCUGCCUGUGUUGUGUGCUGAUCUGGGUGUUUGACUUGGUCGGCCACUCAGAGAGUAUGCGGCCUUUCACCCUCUAUGGGGUCACCUUAUUUUCUGCCCACUUUCUGCUCUGUGCUAGAGACAUUCUCAUAGUGUUCACCCUCUGUUUUCCCAUCAUCUUCCUGUUUGGGCUUCUACCUCAGGUCAACACAUUCCUCAUGUGUUUGUUGGAACAGGUGGACAUGCACAUUUUCGGUGGAACUGCCACCACAAGCCCCCUGUCUUCAGUUUAUAGUCUGUUGCGCAGUAUGUUGGUGGCGGCUCUGGUUUAUGGAUUUUGCCUUGGUGCCAUCAAUGCUCCGUGGGGAGAGGCACAUGUCCCGGUGCUCUUCUCUGUGUUCUGUGGCCUCCUCCUGGCCUUGUCCUAUCAUCUGAGCAGACAGAGCAGCGACCCAACCAUCCUCUGGUCUCUGGUCCGCUCUAAGUUCUUCCCAGAGCUGGAGAGCCGAACACCAGAAGAGCCCCCAUUAGAGAUUAAAGACCCUCUUCCAGAGAAACUGCAUGACUCUGUGAAAGAGACUCUUCACUCAGACCUGGUCAUGUGCCCUCUUAUGGCCAUUAUCACCUUCGCCAUUAGCGCCAGCACUGUCUUUAUUGCUCUGCAGCCUGCUCUCAGUUUCGUCCUGUACAUCUUGGCUGGGGUAGUGGGGUUUUUCACACACUACCUCCUACCUCAGCUCCGCAAACAGCUGCCCUGGUUCUGCUUAGCCCACCCUGUGCUUCGAUCUCGAGAAUACAGCCAGUUUGAGGUCCGAGAUGCUGCUCAGCUCAUGUGGUUUGAGAAGCUGUAUGCUUGGCUGCAGUGUGUGGAGAAGUAUUUCAUCUACCCGGCAGUGGUGCUCAACUCCCUCACCACUGAAGCCCACACUGUCAGCCAAAACCCUGACAAACCUGGAGCCUAUGGCCGUGCUCUGUUCAUCUCAGUGGCUGGGAUGAAGCUACUUCGUUCGUCCUUCUGUGUCCCGUCUCAGCAGUAUGUCACUCUGUGCUUCACCGCCCUCUUCUUCCAAUUCGACUACCCGCGCUUUUCACAGACCUUCCUCCUCGACUACUACUGCAUGUCCAUCCUCUUCAGCAAGAUGUGGGAUCUGCUGUAUAAGCUGCGUUUUGUGCUGACCUACAUUGCACCUUGGCAGAUCACAUGGGGUUCUGCUUUCCAUGCCUUCGCUCAGCCAUUCGCUGUUCCCCACUCAGCCAUGCUGUUUGUGCAAGCUGUGUUUUCAGCUCUCUUUUCCACUCCCCUGAACCCUGUGCUGGGCAGUGCUGUUUUUGUUACGUCCUACACCCGACCUGUGAAGUUCUGGGAGAGAGACUACAACACCAAACGGGUGGAUCACUCUAACACACGUCUGGCCACACAGCUGGAUCGCAACCCUGGUGCUGAUGACAACAACUUGAACUCCAUCUUCUAUGAGCAUCUGACACGCUCUCUGCAGCACUCGCUAUGUGGGGACCUUCUGCUGGGCCGUUGGGGAAACUACAGCACAGGCGACUGCUUCAUUCUGGCCUCCGACUACCUCAAUGCUCUCGUACACAUCAUUGAGAUCGGCAACGGCCUUGUCACUUUCCAGCUCAGAGGCCUGGAGUUCAGGGGAACGUAUUGCCAGCAGAGGGAGGUGGAGGCGAUCACUGAAGGGGUGGAAGAAGAUGAAGGCUGUUGCUGCUGUGAGCCAGGUCAUCUCCCCCACAUGCUCUCCUUCAACGCUGCCUUUGGUCAGCGCUGGCUGGCCUGGGAGGUGGCUGCCACCAAAUAUGUGCUGGAGGGCUAUAGCAUUAGCGACAACAACGCAGCUUCCAUGCUUCAAGUAUUCGACCUGCGCAAGAUUCUCAUCACAUAUUAUGUCAAGAGUAUCAUCUAUUAUGUGAGCCGCUCACCCAAACUGGAGGAGUGGUUGGCCAACGAGAUGGUGCAGGAAGCACUGCGGCCCUGCCUCAGCCCAUCCUAUGUGGAUAGUGACCCCACCUUCAACCUGAACAUAGAUGAAGACUACGACCACCGUGCAUCUGGCAUCACUCCCUUUUCCUUCUGUCUGGUGUACCUGGAGUGGAUCAAAUAUUGCAACAGCCGCAGAGAAACGCCAGUUGAGAGUGAGAAGGAUUCCCCUCUGGUCACACUCUGUUUUGGGUUGUGUAUUCUGGGCCGUCGAGCUUUGGGCACUGCCUCCCACAGCAUGUCAGCAAGUUUGGAGCCUUUUCUCUACGGCCUUCAUGCCCUGUUCAAGGGUGACUUUCGCAUCACCUCUCCUAGAGACGAGUGGGUUUUUGCAGACAUGGACCUGCUGAACAGGGUGGUAGCUCCAGGUGUACGGAUGUCCCUCAAACUGCACCAGGAUCAUUUCACCUCUCCUGAUGAGUAUGAGGACCCAGUGGUGCUGUACGAUGCCAUCACAGCUAAUGAAGAGAAGAUGCUGAUCUCUCACGAGGGUGACCCUGUUUGGCGCAGUGCUAUUCUGGCCAAUAUGCCUUCUCUGCUCGCUCUCCGCCACGUUAUGGAUGACGGCAGCGACGAGUACAAGAUCAUCAUGCUGAACAAACGCUUCCUCAGCUUCAGAGUCAUCAAGGUGAACCGGGAGUGUGUGCGCGGGCUGUGGGCCGGACAGCAGCAGGAGCUGGUCUUCCUGCGGAACCGGAAUCCUGAACGAGGAAGCAUCCAGAACGCCAAGCAAGCCUUGAGGAACAUGAUCAACUCGUCCUGUGAUCAGCCCAUCGGAUACCCCAUCUACGUCUCCCCACUCACCACAUCCUACGCCGGGGCCCAUGUCCAGCUGCGCUCGGUCUGGGGAGGCCCCAUCAGCCCUCACAACAUUUACACCUGGUUCAUCAGCAGCUGGGAUAGGCUUCAGAAGGGAUGUGGUGCCGGAUGUAACAGUGGGGGGAACAUUGAGGAUUCAGACUGUGGUGGUGGCUCUACCUCUAUCAGUAACAACCCUGCAGCUCAUCCUCCUCAGAGUACAACAUCCAGCAUCCCUCAGCCUCAUCCCACUACUGUACAGCCCUUGAUGGGGACUGACAACCCCGUUGGACCUUCCUGGCCGCUGCAUCCUCAGCCCCUUCCACUUGCCCUGCUCAGCCAAUCAGAGGGCAGGAUGGAUGCAGGGCUGGUUAGCUCCUUGCAACGCACCUCUUCCAUCCAUGGGCUUUUGGGACAACACCUGUCCAGCUCCCAGCUGUCUUUCAGUGGUUCAGUGGCUCUGCCGCCUGCAGAUCGCUUCUGCCCCAGUAGCCUGCAGGACAGUCUAAGUCAUAGGGUGUCUCAGAGGGGCCUAAGCCUGGGUCAGGGCAGCGGGCUGCACUAUGAGGCCCUAUAUAGUAAAUGGAGUCUGCCAGGGAGGAAAGGAUUCAACGGACCUGCUGUAAUGGAAGGGGAUGGUUCAGCAUCACAGAGCAUACGCACACAGCCUUCGCAGCCUCCCCUUCCUGUCCUGCCCACUGAUGUCAGCCCAACACUGGAUCCAGUGGGUGCUGUCAUACCCUCUGAGACCACGCCCCUUACAUCAUCAGACCCACCCAGUGCACGGGAGGAGUCUACAGAACUGCCUUUACUUGAGCACCUCCGCUGAGCCUUCACAGCAUGACCAGUACAGCCCAUGGUCAUCCUCACCAUCCAGAGAGAGAGAGGGAGAGCUGGGAGGAAUUCAAGCAUCUUCAGGCAGUUCUGCAUAUAUUAGGAUGUUUCUCGCAAGUAUACUUAAACACAUCACCAGAUACGGAAGCACACUAGAAGAGUGCCGCCUAAGUAAUGAACUCUGGACUGAGCUCUCCUAAGCUUCUUUGGCUAAUGUUUUGGCCUCCAGGUCCAUAAGCCAAAAAAGUGGGCAGUCAGUGCAAUCUUAAGGGAUUUUCUUUUUCUUUUUUUCUUACAAAAGGAGGUUCAGGUCAUUUAAUCAAAGCAAAUCUGUGACCUGUACCACCAGCAGUAACAAAAAGGGAACUCUCCUUUUCUCUGUAGCAGCCUUAAACCUACUCAAGCUUUUGUUUUUACCCUCACUCAUCCAGUCCAUUGCUAAACAUCCACAAACGUCGUGCAUCAUCGGUAAUGUGCAGAAAUUUUUGUUUUAAUCUUCCUCCGAUCAAAGCCCAGAGCUUUCCACCACAUCAGCCACUGUCCUUUACCAAAGGACUCGAUUUUGAAUCCCCUCAUAGCUCUCACAUUCCAGAAAAGACAUUCGAUCACAUUGGUGGCCCAUCAGGCAGCUGCAUGUCAUGUGCUCACGCUCUUAAAUGACACAACCACCACCGUUCUUCAGCGAGCUUCAGGGAUAAGACUUGAAUAUACACACAUGUACUCGCUCACAUGCGCACUUCCCUCAGCACCUGGUGCUCCCUACAUAGUUUACAGCCAGCUCAGGUGAGGAUGGAGGGGCCUGAGUUUUGGUUGGUGAAGUGUAGGACAGCUGGGACAGAGUAGAAGUCAAAAGACAUCAGUCUCUCUGUCUUUUUCCGACCUUCUUUCUUUUAUUUCUUUAUAAAUCCCACAGGAAAUCAGACUACCUUCUUAAUUCCUAAACUGCUGCCUACCGAAUGGGCUCUGAUGGUGAUGUAGUGGGCCAGAGCACGUGAGGGCUUCAUGGCCUCCCGUCGGGCUUUUUCCUGCUACUGCAAGCGUCUCCCUCUUUGCAAUACUACUGCUACUGCACCACCCCCUUCUACUACUAAUAGAACUAACCAAACUACUGCUUCGAUUUCUAAACUCCAGCGUUUUAGUUGGAAGAACUUGAUGGGGGGAAAAAAACAAGAUGUACCGAUUCUAAAGACAAAUUUAUUUGAUUGCUGAUCUCAAAUGAAGAUGGAGUGGCUUUUUUUUUUUUGUUGUUGAUUGUGCUGAUACUAGUUGGACAUGAGUGAACUGUAAGCUUUCCCCCUUUUCUUGAAUCCACCUGAUUGUGACUAGCAAAUUCCCUAUCUGUGUGUAAUACAACUGGAAAUGUAGAUGUCAUUAUAUAUCUGCUGUUGGGCGAACGAAGCUCAGACCGCCUGCUGUGGAAAGCAGGGCACUCACUGCCUCUACAACAACAAACAUAUCAAAUGCUCGCAGUCAAACAAUACACCACUGACAUCAGCCUGGAAUAGCUGCAGCGUGUCGACGUAAAGGAGCUUGAAAUAUCCUGUGAGCUGUUUAAAGUGGUUUUCGGAUUCAGAAUUCCGUUCAGUGCUUUUUCACCAUACAAUUUCCUAGCUUAAAAUGAUUGACGUGGCUGAGCUGUGCUCUGAAAAAAGCUUUGCGUUGAAGGAUAUGGUUUGAGAGUCGGCAUGUGGGGGGCCGCCAUGAGAAAAUGGUGCCUUAUGAUUUGCCUGGGUUUCAAGUGGAAGAGAAGGAUUUUUGCUCGAGAUUUUACACUGGUAAUGGUAGAGUAAUACGGUUUCAUUGCAAAAUAACAAAAGAAGUGUUUUUCUACUGAGCGGCCCCAUUCAUUUUACAAUGCUUGAUGCAUUCAAAACAGAUGAUUCUUCUCGAUCAACAUCAAGUUUUGAUGUGAUUUGAGUCUCUAGCUUCGUUUAGUGCCAGUAGGGGCAGUUCACAACGAUUUGAUCAUGCUCACUUAUUCAUUCUCACUUAAACCACCGAUUGUUAAUAGGUUUAUAACACUGACAGUAAAUAGUCUCUCUGCCCAUCACAGACCAUAUCACAAUUUGUUUGAACACUAAGCAUGAAGUCUCUCUGUGGACGGUGCAGCCUCGUCUGUUCCCGAUCACCACCACACACUGUCUAGGCCAUCUCAAGUCUCUCAUCUAGUCUGCCAAGCAAACUCGGCUCAUUUAUGGCCUCUUGUGAGGGACUUCAAUAGCUAUCGAGCGUUUGGUUCGAGGCCGAUCAGCCUUUCUCUCUUCCCACCAGGACCAUUACUCUCAUCUUUAGGGUGACUUUUCCAAAGCAACAGGGAGUUCUUCUCUUACUGGGAGAAAGCACAAGUUACUGGAUAGUCUUGGGUGUCAGUGAUUUAAAAGGGAUCUAACCAAUCUCUGCCAUAUAUGUACAGCAUGUUUUGUAUAUAAAUAUAUUUAAAAAUAUAUAUAAAUCUAUUUUAUUAUUAUUGGAUUUCUGGUUAUUUUUCAAUGGAGGACACUACUUUGAGUCUUAGGGGCGUCACGCUUCGGUGUAUCUGUGCUUGCGGAGGGGGGACAUCUCUCUCUCUCGACAGAAUCAUGAAGUCUGGGGAAUUGAAUCAGUUAAUACUGCUUUUGCACAACUAUUGUAAAAUAGUACAUCAUCCUGUAUUUUUUUUUUUCUUUUAUAAUUUUAGCUAUAUUGGGGGUUGUUUUAUUUAAAAACUGUUAUUCAAUAUUCAAAGUUAUGUACAGUUUUUUUUUUUUUUUUUUUUUUUUUUUUUUAUGUGAUUUCUUUUCCCCCUCCUAUUUAAAUUAAAGCUUUUUUUGUGUUAUUGUUUGCAAAACA